AUGCAAUUCACGGAUCUCGAAUUCCAGACUCUGGGCGAGCAGAUUCAUCGACUGUGCAUUAUUCGCGGCAUACGACAUCAUUAUGGCUUUGCCCAGGAGCUCCGUGGAGUCACUCCAGAGUUCACGCGCGCCUUGAAUGCCCGGGAUAUCAUGAGCGGUGUCAUACCAACCAUCUCGCGGCCUGAAGAGACACCUUACUGUAUCUGGUACCCUGAAGUCCCGAAAGAGGAUACUCUCCGAGCUCUGGUUCAACGAUACCCAGAUAUGCUCUAUCAUGCCACUCGUGCUAGUGAUCUUUACUUCCCACAUCGGUCCCCGCUUGUCCGGCUCUAUGACCCCGUUCAACCGGGAUCCCGUGAAGGUCCAUACGAUGGAAUGGGUUGCGGAAUUGGUGAUGUCGACCAUGCUUUGUUUCUCGGCGAUGCCAUUUCAAGAGAGACUCGGAAGAAAGAAAAUGGAAGAUGA